AUGGCCCUCGACAGGGUCCCGAGGAAGGUGGGGAUAGUGGGCUACGGCCGCCUCGGACAGUCCCUGGUCUCCCACUUGCUGACUCAGGGACCAGAACUGGGCCUAGAACUUGUUUUUGUCUGGAACCGUGACGCAGGACGAAUGGCGGGGAGCGUACCCCCUUCCCUCCAGCUCCAGAAUCUUGCUGCUCUCGGGGAGAGGCACCCUGACCUUGUGGUGGAAGUGGCCCAUCCCAAAAUAAUCCAGGAAUCUGGGGCAGAAAUCCUGCGCUACGCAAAUCUCCUGGUAGGGUCCCCCUCAGCCCUGGCUGACCAAACCACAGAGCGGCAGCUCCUGGAGGCCUCACAUCAAUGGGGCCACGCUGUGUUCGUGGCCCGGGGGGCCCUGUGGGGCGCAGAGGACAUCUCCAGGUUGGACGAAGCCGGGGGUCUCCAGAGCCUCCGUGUCUCCAUGGCCACACACCCUGAUGGCUUCCGGCUCGAGGGACCCCUGGCUACGAUGCGCAGCACCGGGCCUCGUGCUGUGCUCUAUGAAGGCCCUGUUCGGGGGCUCUGCCCCCACGCCCCCCGAAACUCCAACACCAUGGCGGCCGCUGCCCUGGCCGCCCCCAGCCUGGGCUUCGACCGUGUGAUCGGGGUGCUUGUGGCUGAUUUCAGCCUCAAGAACAUGCACGUGGUGGAUGUGGAGCUGAGCGGACCCCCGGGCCCCACAGGCCGAAGCUUCACUGUGCACACGCACAGAGAGAACCCCGCAGAGCCAGGCGCUGUCACCGGCUCUGCCACCGUCACCACCUUCUGGCGCAGCCUCGUGGGCUGCUGCCAGCUCCCCUCCAAACCGGGGAUCCAUCUCUGCUAA